AUGUCAUUCGUUCAAAAAGAAUUCACCACCCCACCACCCCUCCCACAAUCCGGCACAUCCCACUCAUCAACCCCCUGGAGACCCGUUGGCCCUGGGAUCUGGGAACUACUUCUGAAUGGGGAUGCGGAACACAAAUCUGUGUUACAGUGGUGGGAGCCAAAUACAACAACAGCCAAAGAACCCAUCACACACACCUUCGUUGAAGAGGUGUGCUUCCUACAAGGUGGACUUGAGGAUCUUUCGCUAAAUCAGGCAUGGGGUGUUGGUGCAUAUGCAUAUCGCGAGCCGGGCAUGUUACACGGGCCAUAUCGUGCUUUUAGUGAUGGGUGUUUGAUGUUUGUGAAGGCUAUUCCGGUCGAGUCAUCUGAUUAG